GGCUGUCUCUAACUCAGGGGGGUGAGAUAAGAGACUAAAAAAACACAUAAAGACACACAGAGCGAAAGAGACAGAGAGGAACUUCUAACCAGAGAGACACAGGGGUCGAAGAGACUGUCUAGAAUCACCCAUUAGGCAAAGACGGGGAAGCUGUCAGAGGUAGACUGAAAGAGGCUUUACUACAGUGAAAGGGGCUGUCACUGACAGGCGAGGCUAUUACAAGGAGGCACAGUGACUGUACUGUCUCUGACAGGCAAACACCCUGAAAAGUAAGGUAAAGUUUCAGCACAGACACCAGGAUCUGCUCCUCUACUCAGAAGAGCCAGGACAAGGGGACAGGUUCAGCAGACAAAUGCUGUAUUCAAUUACAAGCACAUGAACUGUGAGGCUGACUGAGAAAGCAACAGGAAGGGAGAGGCAAGAAGAGAGCUCAACUGAGUCACCAACAGCAAGGAAACAUUUGUGUUCUGCACCCAUAAUCAUGCUGGAGAGUGUCGGAGACUGUCACUGAAAGAGACAACCAUGACUUCAGUAUGGAAGAGACUUCAACGUACUGGCAAGAGAGCAUCCCGCUUCCAGUUUGUGGCCUCUUACCAGGAACUGAUAUUAGAGUGCACCCAGAAAUGGCAACCGGACAAAAUAGUGAUUGUAUGGACUCGCAGGAACAGAAGAGUCUGCUCCAAGGCCCAUAGCUGGCAGCCGGGGAUCAAGGACCCUUUCCGUGGAUCGGUCGUCUGGGCUGUUCCUGAAAAUGUGGACAUUACAGCAACACUAUAUAGAGACCCACACUCUGAUCACUUUGAGGAGAAAGAAUGGACAUUUCAAGUUGAGGGGGAAUCUCGAGGACACAAAAAGCUUCUGGCUGUGGCUCCUAUUGACCUACGCAAAUUUGCAGCCAUUAAUUCUGCUCCUCGAGAACUGAGGCUCACACUCACCCCACGUUCUGUAAAAGUUGUGUCUGCAACCCUCACCGUCAGUAUUACCUGCACUUUAUUGCGAGAAGGCAAAGCUACGGAUGAUGAUAUGCAGAGUAUUGCCAGUCUCUUGAGUCUGAAACCAUCAGACAUUGCAGACCUUGAUGACUUCAAUGAAGAGGAAGAAGAGGACAAAUUGCAAAGACAGAAACGCAAUUCUCUUGGUUCAGCGCAUCGAGGUUAUCUUAAAAACAUAUUGUCUGACUACUUGUCGUCAGAGCCAGUUCGGGAGCUUAGUACUCUUGCAGAGGAAGAAGAUGAAGCAUCUCUUUCUACAAAGAUUACUUCUUCUCUUCGUGAUACCUCAAGACCUUCUCUUACUAGUCCUCCUCCUGUCCCACCAUUUUUUCCAAGAAUAAAUAAGAAACUUAAAUCUGACAAAAGUUCUCUCAUUACAGCCAAAAAAGAAAGCAUUAAACCUUUAACUGAUGGCAAAUAUAGCCACCAUAACAAUGAAAGGGAGAAACAGAAGCCUACAAGAUCCAUGGAAACAGCCACAAGUAUCCCUGCAAUCACAAGCCAAGAGCAGAGGAAUAACGAGGUAUGGAAGAUCCGAGAAGCCACCCCUGACAAUAAGCCACUUCUCAGUGACAGAGCCAUGGAACAGCCAGAGUCAGCCCCUAGGGAUGAGUAUAGGGAGAAAUUGCACAAAAUGGGAUGUCUACAAGAUAUGGGGCCAGUUGUUCAUCAGGAUGCAGCAAUAAAGAAAAUAGGUCACACAGUAAUAAUAACAGGAGAUGAAACAGAGGUCAAGAUACCUCAAAUACCAAGUAUACCGAAGAGGUCAAAAGCAGGCCAUAUAGUUGAGAGUGGGCAAGUUGCAAACAAACCAGUAGAAAAACCUCCUGAACCUCUUCCAUUUUUGGAUAAGGAAACUACAUUGAAUAAUCUUCCAGAAACAAAGAUGCCACCAAUAUCAUCUUUUAGCAAAAAUGUAACUUUUCCCGAGGAAUCACUUUAUGCAGACAAUAGCCCAGAUGAAAUACCUGAAAUGCCUGAGAUUAUAGUCAGGUCUGCAGAAAAAGAUGUAGAAAUAACAAAUGUACAAGAAACAGCAAGCCAGUCCGCUGACAGUGUGACAGCAAUAGAUGACAUGCAAAAUUAUCCAAAGGCAAAUAAUGUAGUGGCUGCACAAUAUGUUUUUGUAGAAAAUAUUGUAGGAAAAGACAGAGUAGUCAACCUAGGUGCACAAACAGAACCAGCAAGUGCUGGUGAUGAAAGUUUGCCAAGAACAGAUAGUAAUAUAAAUGUGAUGUCUCAGAAUAUCACAGAAAAUAUAUAUAACUUAGCUCAGGAUACCAGUGAUAAUCAAGAGCUAAAAGAGCUAAACAAAAAACAAAAAUUGUUUGAGAGAGAGGGCAUAGAGGAGAUUUCAAUAAAUAUACAGGAGGCAGAGGGAAUAAAAAGCAUAGUCAAUGUAGAGAAAAAGGAUGCAUUAGAGAAAACAGAUGUUGAAAGUAAGAUUAGUGACUCACAAGACUUAAUAGCCCAGAGAGAUCAAGAAACUGUAAGUAGAGCUGAAGAGACAGUGAUUUUAGAAAAAGCAUGCAAAACUGUAAAAGCAAGUGAAGUUAUAGUUAGUGUACCUGAUAGCGUAACAGAAAACAUACUGUUGGUAGAACAUCUAAUGCAGGAUCCAAUAUGUAUUAAAGACACAGUUCCAGAAGAUGCAUCUUGUGCUACGGAUGCAAGACUGCAAGGCCCAAGAGUCAUAGAGGAACCAACAGACAAUGAUAUGAAAGAAACUAGAGUAGAAAAAACACAUGAAGAUAUAUACAAUCAAGAACACACAGAUAAUCCCAUGUUUCAGAAAGAAGUCAUUUCAUUAAAGAGCGUCUCCCGGACUGAGCAUACACAAGAUACUUCUGCUGAACAACUGAGCACACAACACCCCGUAACUAUAGCAGAGAAUGCAAUGCAAGACAUGCCAGCGCAAAAAUACAACAAUGAAGUCCAAGACAAAAAUAAGAAAAGGCAAGAUGAGGCUGUGACUGCAGAGGACACUGAAAAGGAUACACGAAUCAAAGAGUCUACGGACAGAAGUGAAAAUAGAGUGAGUGAACCUGAAAAGGUAGAGGAAAAUACAAGACAGCUAGAUGAGAGACUGUACCAAAUGACAGAUAAAGACAAAGAUCUACAGGACAUGACAGUGACUAGAGGUGACAGAGGGAAGGAGACGGGCAGUUCUGUUACACAAAGCUUAAUAGAAGAUAUUCAAAGGGAAAUAAGUAGGGACAAUCAGAAUGGGGUAGAUAAGGUAGAGGCUAUGAUGCAUAGAGCCGAGUAUCAAACUGAGGUUCAGUCUGAAGGUAUACAAACUUUUUCUGAACAGGUAGCAGAGAAGUACACUAUAGGUGUGGUAGAUAGUGGAGUAGAAGAAACUCCAAAGGAAAACGCUUUUACCAAUAAAACACAGUAUGUACUGGUAUUGGAGCAACAUGAUAUGGCAGUCAAUUCUAAAAAGCUAGAGCAGGAAGAAAUUGAUAUUCAAGCAGAAUGUAUUACUGAGGAAAAACAAGGCAGUGAGGCAGAAAUAUCUAAAGAAAAUAACGUUGACAGAGUUACAUUUGAACAACUUCAAGAUAUAUUGGAAGAGAAUAUAAUAGAGAAGUAUCAGGAUCCAGAUGAUACGGUAUUUGAUCAGAAUAAGGUUAGUGAAACGCAUAUGUUGACUAAUGCUAGACUUGAAAAGCAAACAAUUGGAGCCGAAAUGGAAAAUGAGCAACUACUUGAAAACAUCAAUAGCACAAAAGAAUCAGUAAAUCUAAUUAGCAUUAAAGAGAUAUAUCUUCAGUCCUUUGGACAGCCAGACGUAGAAUCAUUGACAGUCAGAAAUUCAACAAAUCAAGAAGAUAAUUUGGCUGUAGAAAUAAUUAAUCUUUCCAAAGAAGAAGACAGACCUAAAGAGACACAGGGUCAAGAUAAUUUACUGGAGAAAUGUAUUUUGACAAACAGUAGUAUACCCACAGAAAGAGAGAGAAUUGGUAAAGCAACAGAUUUAGCUAACAUAGAAGAUGUAUAUCUCGGAACACCAGAGAUUGAAAAAACAGAUGCGGCUGAGCAUGUUAUGGAUCAAGAGAAGGGGGAAUAUUUAUUACCUUGGAAAAACAGCAGGCUGGAUGCAGUAGUAGUAACAAAUGAGGAGCCUAUGAAUAGAAACGAUGAGCAUUAUAGUUCUGGAAUUUGUCCAAUAAAGAGUUUAGAAGAGGAAGCAGGUGAACCUAAAUAUAUUGUCGAUCAAGAAGAAUUAAAUACUUACCUUUUGAUAGAUGGUAGUCUAAAUAUGAAGGAAGUCUACCUUGGAACAUCCAAGACUGAACAACAAGAAGUAUUAGAUCAAGACAAGGAGAACAAUUCUUUUCAGAAAGAUUCAUUCCUUUGGACAAAUGAUAGGAUGGACAUGGAUGCAUCAUAUGCAAAACUGGAUCAAAAAGACAACAUUCAGAAUUCAAAAAUUUGGGCAAUAGAAAAAUUAGAAGAGGAAGUAGAUAGAUCCAUACAGAUACCUGAUCAAGACGAUUUGAAUACUUGCCUUUUGAUAGAUAGGAAUCUUAAUAUAGAAGAAGUAUACAUUGAGACAACCAAGAUUGGGAAGACAAACUUAUCUGAGCAAGUAUUAGAUCAGGAGAAGGAGAAUGAUAUGUGUAUUUGGACAAAUAAUAGGUUGUCUGUGGAAGCAGAAACAAAUGAGGAGACUAGGGUAAAAGAAGAUGAAGUUCAUAAUACAGGUAUACGGACAAUAGAGAGAUUAGUCGAGAGAGUGGAUAGAUCAGAAGUACUUGAUCAAAAAAAAUUUAAUACUUGCUUUUUGAUAGAAGAUAAUCCUAAUAUGAAAGAGUUGUACCUUGGGGCAACCAAGAUUGAGGAAACAAACAUAAAUAAGCAAGUACUGGCUCAAGAGAUGAAAGAUAAUGUAUGCCCUUGGACAAAUAGCAUGCUGGAUGUACAAGAAGCAAGAAACGAGGAGCAUGUGAAUCAGAAAGAGGAAGUUCAUAGUACUGAUAUAUGGACAAUAGAAACUUUAGAAGAGGAAGCAAAUGGGUCAAACGAUGCUGAUCAAGAUGAUUUUAAUACAUGUCUUUUGAUAGACAGGAGCCUAAAUAUAGAAGAGGUGUACCUGGGAACAACCAACAUCGAGAAAAUAGGUAUAGCUGAGCAAGUACUAGAUGAAAAAAAUGAGGGUGAUUCAUGCCUUUGGACAAAUAAUAGUCUGGCUGUGGAGACAACAACAAAUCAGGAGAGUAUAGAUACAAAAGACAUGGUUCUUGAUACAGUUAUUUGUACAGCAGAGAGGUUAGUAGAGAAAGCAAAUGGAUCAAAAGAGGUACCCAAUCAAGAUUUGAAUACUUGCUUUUUGAUAGAUGAGAACAUAAACAUGGAAGAGGUGUACCUUGGCAUAGACAAGAUUGAGAAAACAGUCUUAGCUAAGCAAGUAUUAGAUCAAAAGAAGGAGACAGAUUUCCACAUUUGGACAAAUAUUAGGCUGGUAGAUGCUGCAGAAAAAAAUGAGAAGCCUAUGGGUGUAGCAGAAGUGGAAGCAAACGAGGUAAUUCAAGUAGAUCAAGAAGAUUUGCAAACUUAUCUUUUGAUAGAUGGGAGCCUAAAUAUGAAGCCCAUCAGAACUGAAACUCCAGAGUGUGAAGAUCAUGAAGGAGAAGAGACAUGGUUCUGGGCAAAUGAAGAGCUAUCUAAGGAAACAGCUAGUAAUGAAGUGGAAAUAGAUGAAAAAUAUAGAGUACAAAACGAACCUGAAGAAGGUUUGCUUUCAAGAGGCAGCCUCUAUGAAGCACUGAAUUUAAUUGAGAAAAAUGAUGCAGUAAGUGAUAAAAACAGAGAUGAGCAGCAGGAAAGUAAAGAGAGAAAUGCAGAUGAAAGAGAUAGGUCUGAGGACAGUAAGCCUGUGGUAGAGAAGGAUGGAACACUACAGGACACAGAGAAUAGAAGCAAACAACAGACACAACUGGAAAACACAAAACUAACUAUCAAAAACAGGAUAAGUAAUACAGAGACAGUAGAAGUAAUAAACUCUGUGCUGGACUCAGAAAUGGAAAAAAGUGAACUGAAAGAAAAUGUAGAAAAGACAACAAAGAUCAAUGAGAACGUGAAUCAGACCGCUGAACUGUCAUUAGGUAUGGAGGGAGAAGGAUUAAAGGCAGUAUCAGGCGAAGGUAAGAGAGACGGAAUAGCAAUGUAUUUUCAGGACAUGACUUCAAGUGUUAUGCCACACAAAGUACAGGAAUUUAACAAAGCCAAAAAUAGAACUGUGGAAAAAAUAAGUCAUGAGGAUGAUGCACAAACUGCCUCACUUACAGAAGGCAAAAUAAAAUCAGAUAUUAAGGAGUCAAAGAAAAGAGAAGAUAUAGAGGAGAGUGCAGUUGUGCCAGAAGAAAUUACAUUCAUGGAUGCUGAGUCAGAAGAAAUCCUCCCAGAGCUUCUAUCACAAACAAAACAACCUUUUAGAACUGAAAAGGUGAUAAAAAUGUCAGCGGUUUCUGAUGAAUUUAUGUGGGUAAACAACCCCCCAAAUACAACAGCCAUGCAAGAAAAUAAUUUCUUACCAGAAGUAAAAGUGGAAGGACAUAAACAGUCAGACUCUGGAGAUCAAGACAUCAAGAAUGUGCUAGAGACAGUGGUGGAAGAAAAUAAACUUUCCAGAAAAGACAUAGAAUCUUUAAACCAAAAGCAUACCCCCAGUGAGACAUGGCAAAACUAUUCUUUAGAUUAUAGUUCAUCAGGAGGUGAGAACAACAAAGCUCACACGUCAGAGUGCACAUUUUCCGUAUCCCCUCCUCAAACCCUUGGACAACAGAGGAGCAAAGAAAAGAAGAGACUGAGCCAAAGCACAGGGCAAGUAGGGGAGGAAGCACCAAGCACAGAUUCCCUUCUGCGCUGGUGCCAGGAAGUAACAUCAGGGUAUCGAGGUGUGCGUGUAAAUAAUUUCACCACGUCAUGGAGGAAUGGUCUUGCCUUUUGCGCUAUACUUCAUCACUUCCACCCUGAAAGCAUUAACUAUGAAGUUCUGGAUCCAUUAAAUGUAAAGGAAAAUAACAAAAAGGCCUAUGAUGGUUUUGCUGCUCUUGGGAUACCACCACUUCUCUCCCCGUCAGACAUGUUGCUUCGCCCUGUCCCAGACAAACUUAUCAUCCUUACAUACAUUUGCCAAAUACGAUCUCACUUUACAAGCAAUACGCAUCUUGAUAAUCUACCUACUUCCUCUCAGGCUGCUGCUCCUCCACAGGCACCUAAUGAUGUGGAAAAACCAGACACUGUCUCUGAAAUACAUGAGACGUUGAACGCUACUUCAAAGCAACAAAAUGCUACGUCCUUGAAAAACAACAUAACAAGCACCGCCUCUGAGGAACAUAUUGAUCCACACUCUUCUACUAGUGAAAAGACCAUGAAACAAACAUUCUCUAGCAUAGUCUUUGAUGAGCAUCAAUUAUCUCAGAGAGCAGAAGAGCAUCCUUCUGUUGAGCAUAAGAACAAAGAAAGAGCCACAAAUGGGUCACAACAAGAUGUGCCAAUAUAUUCCCCAGUGGAUAGUUUCCAAAGAUACUCCACUGAGGAAAAGAAUACAAUUGUAUUUCAACCUGAAAAACAACUCACAAAGGUAACUGCUCCCCAGGAACAGGACAUUGAGAAUACUGAGGAACAAAAAAAGGCAAGCACUGGUGGUAAAGAGCAGAAUAAUUCUGGGAUGGUUCCACCACCUCGCAUUAAAAAGAGACUAAGCGUAAAUGGGAGUUUAUUAGAAAUGAACCUGGAUGAGGGGGAGUCUUCAGCAUCCACUCCAGUUGCUCCUCCACGAAAGGGAGGAGGUUUAGGUCACCUGCGUGAUGCUGACCUUGUGAAGAAAAGACGUUCUCUUAUCCGAUCACAGUCACUUUCUCAAGAUGAGGAGACAGAUAUCACAGGAAAAAUUCAGGAAACAAGUUCACGGCCUUCUUCUCAAGUUAUCAGUGAACCAUAUCCUUCUGCCUCCACAUCCUCUUCUUCCACUGUGGUUCCAACACCGGAAACACCAGUAAAAGAGGAAGAAACUGUGGUCCUUAAGGACACCAGCCAGUAUGUCACCUCUGAGCUUGCUGCCCUGGAACAUCAGCAGGAAGAAAUUGACUCAAGAGCAGCCAUAGUAGAGAAGGACCUCCGACGCCUAAUGGAAAGUGGUAAUGACAAAGACACUGAGGAGGCUUUGAUUCAGGAAUGGUUCACACUGGUGAAUAAAAAGAAUGCAUUAAUCCGCAGACAAGAUGAACUACAGUUGAUGACAGAGGAGCAGGACCUAGAAAGGCGCUUUGAACUCUUGAGUAGAGACCUGCGAGCAUUGCUGUGCACAGAUGAGAGCAUAAAAAGUGAAGCUCAGAAGCGGAGGGAAAAGCUCUUACUUGAUGAGCUUGUAUCUCUUGUAGACCAACGAGAUGGUCUGGUGAGAGAUCUACAUAUCAAAGAGAUAAAGGCUGUAGAGGAAGAUGAACUCAUAGAAAGAGGUCUUGAGCAGAGGAGGAGAAAGCUGAGCAAAAAAGAAAAAUGUCGCAUCAGUUGAAGUGAUGGGGGGGCCAAAGACAAUUUGAACAGCUUAAAUAUGUGCAAUGCUUAUCACAAACUUUUCAAUAUUACAAGAAACUUCACCAAACACAUAUGGGUAAAGAUAUUUGAAACAUAAUAUUUAAUGCAUGCCACCAGGCUAAAGAAGAAUCCAUACCAAGAUGCUGAGAUCCUUUCCAAGCACUAUCCACCUUCCUUGUUCCUGUAUAUUUCUAUUUGCUGCUAGAGAUCUAUAGAGAAUGAUAUUUAACUGUGUGAAAAUAUUUUAUAUGCGUUGAGCGCUGCUCUACAUUAGUGUUAAUAGUUUGAGUGUGUAAAAUAAUCUAUGGUAACAAUAGAAAUAUCAGUAAACAUCUUACAUCUACUGCUAAACCAGUUCAGUUCCACCAGGAGGACAAUAAUCCACUGAAGGCUAUGAAAACUAAGGAACCAUGUCACCUACAUCAUUAGGAAUGAAUGCACAAUCAAGAUGUUAUUUUCACAUGGUCUUCAGAAGAAGGUGGUCUUAUUUUUAUAGUUGUCUACAAUAUAAAACCCAUUGAUCUUUAUGAAGAGUGUCUAUCAGUGCACAAUGUCAAGACUUUCUCUAUUGACUUUUCUCAAGUGCCUUAAUGGACUGUAACUUAUGGACAUGGAGACAGACUUCAGUUUAUAAUUUGUGAGCUCAGGAUAUAAAACAUAUGCCGGCCUGGCAGUGGCAUAUAGUGGAGAGAGGUUCUCCACUCUCUAAAGAGAUCAUUAUAGUGCUGGGUUUCGCCAUCUACAACUAAAGGUUCUGAUGUGUAUGUUCCCUGGCAUACUCUUUCAAUGACCUCUAUUUCUUACUCCUUUGUUUGCAAAAAAUGUCGUUUAUUUGGAAAGGGAAGGCUUUACAGGUUUACUCCACCAAGUAUCUAGGGGGAACUGACCAAGAGGCAGGGCUCACUCUUUUAAAGGGCCCAUAGCAGCCAUAUUAUCUGCCAUUCUGGUAUAUAUGCUGGUUCUACUAUGACAUUUGUAAUUCAAUAAUUCUGUCCCACAAACAAAAGGUUUUUGUUUACACGAAGACAAGUAGACAAGUAUCUUUGAAAGCUUGUGGCUUGUGUUACUUACCUACUGCCAUGGUCUUUUAUUUUCAUAUCCCUAUUCUGUUCCUUACAUAGGAGAUUGGAUAAUUACAAUUUUGUUCUGUUUCUUCUGCACAUAUGUGUUUUCUGAUGAAAUUUGUGAAUUAAUAGAAAACUCUUACAUACAGUAUAUGUGUAUAUAUCACAAGACCUUUCUGUUGAUUUUCCUGCUUACACUAUAUCUAAGAUGCCAUCUAUUCUGCUACCUUAAACACAUGAAAAAAAAUACAAAUGAAAAGAGCAGGCAGUGUCCUCAGAAUAUUUAUUUUUUGUAAAUUCCAAAAAACACAGCUGAUUAUUUCUGAAAUUUACAUUUUCUGUCAGUAUUAUAUAAUAUGCUUGAUAUUUUGAGUGCCUGACGUUACUUGGAACAUGAUUAAUCUAUGUACAAAUUCAAGAACGUAACAGCAGAUGCCUCAGAGGUAGAGACUGUAAUAUGUAUCAAAACUGUAUUUCAGAAGAUCCUCACUCUUGUAAAAUGCUAGGUUCACACUUGUGGCAUAGUUCCAUUAGAGAACACCCUGCUGGCUGGAGCUCUCUGCAACAGCAUUGCCGGGUGUUACCUCAAUGCCAGCCAGCCCCAUUGACUGUAAGGCCAUCUGCACGUGAUGGGGGUGAUUUUCAUGCGGAUUUAUGUGUGUUUCUGCAACAUGUCUGAAAUCUGAAGCUAAAACCGCAAACAUAAUUGACAAUGCUGUGGAUUGGGAAAUCUGCACUUUUUUUGUAAUCUCAUACACUUUGCUGGUACUAUACUAUGUUGCAAUUCUUCAGCAGAGGCAUUUCUAUUCCGCACAGUGUGCAGGUGACCUAAUGGGGUCCAUGAAAUAUAUCGGGGUUCGGCCAGGCAGUAAUAACAUCUGGCAGUGUGGGAUCCAGAGAGCUCAGGCAGACUUUUCCUGCUGAAACUAUUCUGCUAGUGUGAAAGAAGCCUAACACAGUUUAUUCUGUAGUUGAAUUUGUCAGAUAUGCCAACAUGUUGCUUUCUUGGAAAUAUAAAUUCCCCUUUUUUUUUUACAGACAUUACCUUGGCUUACUGUUAUUAAUAUGGUAUACAGUAUAAUGUUUCAGUCAAGUAAAUCAGGGAUAGUUUUGUUAAAGUGGUUUCCAGGACUUACAUAUUAAUGGCUUAUCAGUCAUCAAUAUCUGAAUGGUGGGGUUAGGACAUCUGUGCCGUUCCCCUACAGGGCUGAAAAGAGUUCCAUACACUGUAUAGUGGCUGUGCUUGGUAUUGCAGCCCAGUUCUAUUUACUUGAAUGUGACUGAUGGGCAUGACAUCACCUGAGCACCAUGGAGCCUUCUAACAGUUGACUGGAGAGGUUGCCAAGAGUCAGACCCCACUGAUGAGAUAUUGAUAACCUAUGCUAAAAAAGUCACCAAUGUACAGUAUAAAUCCCGCAAAAUCUGUCUAAAAUAACUUUGCUUCAUAAAAUAGGCCAUAGGCUGAUCACAUACAGGGCAGAGACGUCAUUGAGUAAGCAAUAUUUUGACUAGCUUGUUGGCUGAGGAUUUAAAGCAUUAAUUGAGUUGGCCACUUUGUCGUGACAUUUCUAAAACACCAUAAACUUUUGUGUUUUGGCACAGAAAACUCUAAUCUCAUUUACCCACCCAGCUACCCCCCCUUCUGUGCAGUUGCUGAAUGUUUUAAGCACAUGCGCAGUGCUUAGACAGAAGAGAGAACAGCCAGGGAAGUCAUUAUGAGGGUAACUCACGUGGCUGCCACCAUCUUCAGAGCUAUAGAUACAGAAACUACCACCAUCCAGUGUUUUCAAACUGUAUCCAUGGGCAGCAGGAACGCUGGAACUGAAGAACUGAAUGAGGAGAUUUUGGAGGGAAAUGUAUUUUCCCCCUACACUGGUUUUUGGUCAUAGAAAAGUUGCAAACCCCCUAAAUCUCGGUGUUUCUACGCUACCCUUUUAGGCAUGGUGAGAGAGUGGGUGGAGGCAUCUACUACAUUUAUAAUUUCUGCCUGUUUUAUGGCGUAAAUGAUUAUAAAAAUCUACGCCAGCUAUGGGCUGGUGUAGAUUUUAGUUUAGGUGCACAGACUGUCAAUGGAUGCACCUAACUUAUGAUGAGGUGCAUCCCUCAUCAUAAAUUAAGCAUAUCUUCUGGUGGCAGAUGCCAUAAUAAAGACCAGUGUAUAGCACCAGCCUUUGAUACAUUUCCCCCUUAAAGUUUUCUCUGCCAGGACAGAAGUUUAUGGCAUUUUAGAAAUAUCACUAGAAAGCCAACACCUAUAAAGGGGUUGUAGGGCCUAAAUGAAAAGUUUGGAAAUGGGAGGUGUAAAUAAAAAAUAAAAAAAGUUCCGUGCUAUAGCUCGCAUCCCUGCCAUUUGUGGUCCCAGCAAGAUGGAAAGUCAUGAUGCUCCGAAAUGGGACUUCACAUGAACACUGCAGCCAAUGUCUGGCCUCAGCGGUCAUGUGUACAAGAAUGGUACGUGACUGCUGAGCCUCUGUGGUUACAUGCUGUUUUUGCACACAUGACCAUGAGGCUAGUCAUUGGCUGCAGAGGUAAUGUGAAUGGCACCAGAACAUCAUGACUUUUGAUCCGGAUGGGACUGCGAAAAGAAAGAAGCGGCAGAGCUACAAUAAUUCAGCCUUAAACUCAAUCUUAAUUACAGGAUUACAUUAAAAUACAAAGUCCCCCUAUUAAUGUGGAGACAAGAUGCAACAAGGGGGCUGGGCAACACAAAAUCAGGCAAAACGUAACACAUACGGAACCAAACUUGAAUAGUGUAAUCAUGUAAUAAAGAUUGAUUUUAAGGGGCAAUUAUUGUAACUCUUUCGCUUCUUUCUUUUCAUUUUAAUUAAUUAGUAUGCAGCGCAAAGCCAGAUUAUGGUGAAGUCACAAUUUAAAGGACUAUUAGCUGUAUAAUUUUUUUUAU